GCCGGGCGGGGCGGGCGUGUCCGUCCCCGCUGUCGGCGCGGCGUCCCCAGUCGGGUGUCCCGGGCCGGUCCUGGCGGCGCUGCCGGUGUCGGUCCCCGUCCCGGUCCCGGUCCCCGGUCCCCGUCCCCGUCCCCCGCGGCGCGGCGCGGCGGGAAGCGGGCAGCAUGAGCAGCGGCUACAGCAGCCUGGAGGAGGACGCCGAGGAUUUCUUCUUCACCGCCCGCACCUCGCUCUUCCGGAGGCCCGGCCCCGCCAAGCCCCGCCUGCCCCCCACGGAUGUUGAGAGAGAGAGAGAAACCCACAAUUAUCUCAGCCAAGAAGAAAUCAAAGAGAAGGUCCAAAACUACAAUUUAGCUGUUACCGACAAAUUGAAGAUGACUUUGAACUCCAAUGGGAUCUACACUGGCUUCAUUAAAGUUCAGCUGGACCUCUGCAGGCCCGUGACGGUCUGUAGCCCACAGAGCCCUCUGAGCCCCGGGACCCCCGCUCUCAAUACUGACGGCUCCAUGAACACGCUUCAUAUCAGCAGCACCAACACCGUGCGAGAAGUCAUAGAAGCGCUGCUCAGAAAGUUCCUCGUUGCCGAUCACCCUACCAAGUUUGCACUUUAUAAACGCUGUCACAGGGAAGAUCAAGUUUAUGCUUGCAAGCUUUCGGACAGAGAGCACCCCCUCUACCUACGCUUGGUGGCCGGGCCCAGAACCGACACGCUCAGUUUUGUCCUGCGGGAGCAUGAAACCGGAGAGUGGGAAGCCUUUAGCUUACCAGAGCUACAGAAUUUUUUGCGGAUUCUAGACAAAGAAGAAGAUGAGCAACUGCAGGGAGUAAAAAGGCGAUAUGCAGCUUACAGACAUAAACUUGAAGAAGCCCUCAGCGAAGUGUGGAAACCUGGUUAAGAACCAAAGGAACCUCAGGGAAAACGCAGGCUACCGGAAAUGAACGUAGCAUGUUCCGUCCACCGAACAGAACAGCAGCCACUGGACUCUUUGUUCAAACAAACAGAUGACUUUCCAGUCUUGUCGUGCCAGGGUACCUCAUCUUUAGGCUUGGCCCCAAAAACCUAAGAGUGGGGGUUCCCCGCAUCCAUUUCUACGGGACUUUGCAAGCUUGCUACGCGUAACCACCCCCACCUGCUUUGGCCAGGGGAGGCUUUUUAAGGUGUGCACUCGGGGCAGUGCCGUGAAGCUGGAGGGGGGGCAGGUAGAGCCGGAGGACUCUUCAAAUCGCCCGCGCUGUGGGGUUCGUCUCCCUCAUUUAGUCCUUGGUGUUCCGUGAUGACGGCUUCUGGCCUGAGCCCGGACCAACCGGUCACUUUAAGACGAGCUCCGAGAAGAUCUAGUGGGGGACUCUCGCUCCCAAGACCCACCUGCACCCCUGCAUCGAGGCAGCCGCAUGAGCAAAAAGACUAGGGACCUGGGAUCUUGUGGGCUGGGUGUGAACGGGUGGGACGGAAAAGAGAAUAAAGCAAGUCGUAAAGAAAGCUAGAGCAGGGAGGAAGAGAUGGGUGGCGGGGGCCACCCAGAGAAGGAAAGAUGAGGGGACCGAGCUCACACCCGAAACAUUCGGGUGGGGGGAGUGUGGAAGAACUUCUGGGACCACCCGCGAGGAGCAUCUUCUCGCAGCCCGUAAGUAGCCUUCCAGGCUCGAUCAGGUCCCCGUGCCAGGGGGAAGAGGGAAGAAAGGUGAUGGUAGAUCAGAAACUUCAGCUAAGGUUGAGCGAGGAGUGAAAUCUUGGGCUCUUCUGAGCAGUCCCAAGCUUGAACCUCUCUCCCCUCUCCUCUCACUUUGCAGUGGCUGCUGCUUUUUUUUGUUUUGUUUUUUUACUGUCGGACGGACAGAGCAUGAUCGUCUGAUCCUCUAGACCUCCGUCAGCAGCGUAAGGGGGGGAGAGAUGAAAAAGUCCGCCUCUAGCUGUGAGGGGAACUGUCAUUCUUCCGAGAAUAUUUAUUUCAAGCAGUAGAAGCAUGUUCCAAGUAACCAAAGAAAUGGGUGUGCAAUAGCAACUUUUCAGAAAUGGGGCUGGAGGCUGGAAUCGCUUCAAGCCAUCAAAGCAAAAAGUGGGGGGUGGGGAGAAAUGUGCACAAGUCUAAGGGGGGUAAGGAGAUUCUUCUAAAAGCCAUUUUUAAAUAAAUUCCCAAGGAAUUGUUAACACUUUGGUGACACCUAAUGGAUUUUUCUGAAACUCCAAGGUGUUUCAGUUCCGGGUGUUGAAGUGAACUGUGCCUUUCCUUGAUUCCUGUGUCAACUGCUGACAGCUGAGGUUUUAGACCUUUUCCAGAUUAUUUUGUUUUUAUAUGCAGUGCUACAUACCAUAAGGUGACAAUCAUAACUUUAAGCUGUUAAGGAAAAUUGAAAUUAAGGCUAAGAUAAAGCAUGGCAUAUCUUGUUUGUUCAGUUUGCAUGUGACUCAGUAGUGCAUGUGUGAAGGUUUUUAGUGACUUUGCCAUUCAGUUCAGGGAAUGCUUUUGUAUUUUUAGUAAUGGUUGUAUUAUUCAUCCUGCGAUGGCUAUUGUUUUGCUCCACUUAAUUCGAGUCAGCCAUCCCAGGUGAAUUCAAUUUUGUAUUUCAGGAACUUUUUUUUUUUUUGCAGAUUUCAACACUGUUAGAGUUUAAAAGUGGUAGUUUGAGUAUCUGUGAAUUUUUUAUUUUUACUUGAAGUAGGUUGUAAGUGGGUAAUCUCAUUUAUUUUAAGCCAGCAACCUCAUUGUUUUAUGCACUACAAGCUAUUUGGAAAAACUUUUAAAACUAUUUAGCUUUAAAUAGUUUUAAAACUAUUCCUAGUUAGUGCUUGAGACUGAUUUUUCUCUCACACUGGUUUCUUCAGCAGCUUUUUUAUGUUCACAAAAAUAGAGGUCAUGUAUGACCAGAAGGGUUUUGGUUUUACAAAUGAUUGUUUUUAUUAAAUGAAGCUGUCAGAGCUUUGCUGUAGUGCUGUUUAUAUUCAGCAGUUGAUGGUACAGGAAAGAUGUUUAAAUGGAUGCGGUCAUGCUGGGAAGCAUUUUAAAUUGUAGAAGAUUAGUUAUACUAUUUAUAAUUUUGACAUUUAAUUUUAUUUUUAUAGGGAAGAUUAUUUUCCCCUUAAAAAUUAUUUCUGAAAUGGCAGAUUGACUCCAUUAUUAAAGUUGCAGUUGUCACAACUUCA